CUGACAGGUGAUAAUAAGAAGACUGCGGCCGCCAUUGCCAAACAGGUGGGCAUCACUCGUGUCUUUGCCGAAGUGUUGCCAUCGCAUAAAGUGAAGAAAAUCCGAAAACUCCAGGAAAAGGGAAUAAAAGUGGCAAUGGUUGGCGACGGUGUGAACGACUCGCCCGCCUUAGCGCAGGCCAACAUCGGCAUCGCUAUCGCCAACGGAACCGAUGUGGCGGUGGAGGCGGCGGAUGUGGUACUCGUCAGAAACGAUUUGCUUGACGUCGUCGGAGCCAUUGAUUUGUCUCACCGGACUGUCCGCCGAAUUCGACUCAAUUUCCUGUUCGCCAGUGUUUACAACCUGUUGGGCAUUCCAAUGGCCGCCGGAGUGUUCCUUCCCUGGGGUAUAGUCUUGAAGCCAUGGAUGGGUUCGGCAGCGAUGGCCCUCUCGUCUGUAUCCGUAGUCUGUUCUUCGCUUCUCUUGAAAAUGUAUACAAAACCCACGAAAAGGACUCUUCAGACGCAGGAAUACCUGGACUUUGAGUUAAUGACCAGAGAUUUGCGAAAUAAUGCCGAUUUUGAUGACAUAUCUCUGCAUCGAGGCCUCGAAGACACGAACAUUCCUGAGCCCAAGGGAUCGUUAAUUAGUGCCAAUUUGAGUAAAGUGUUGAAUAUGAUGCCCGUCUCAUCCAAAACCAUCAUCAGAAACGACAAGAGCUCUCAACCACUGCUCGAUAGAAGCGAUAUCACAAGCUAUGAGAUGAAUCAAAUGGUCUAAUCAUUGAAACUAAUACUAUAAACAUAUUGUGAUUAUUAUUGUGUCUAUUAUUUAAUACCG